CAAUAAGAACUCGGCGAUUCCCCUCCUGCCGCUUUGAUUUCGGGCACCUCCAGCAGAUAAUUGGGAAGGGUUUCCAGAAGGUGGGAAAUGUCACCUGAUUCACACUGAACUUUUAAAAGCUCCCCACCCCCAAGGAGCCGCGCACACCCGCGCUAGCGGCCGCCCUCCCGCUGCCCCACACCCUGGGAGACCGCCCACCGCACACCGCGGAGACCCCCGUCCAGAUUUAAAGCGCGGCUGCGCCCGGCUCCUGACGUCCAUUGAAUCGCGCGGCGGCCGGCGGCGAGCGCAGGGCUGCGCCGGGAUCUCUGCGCCCUCCGCCGCCCGCCUCUGCGCCCUCCAGGGCCACAGCCGCUCCUCUCCCCGCGCCUGCCCCAGGAUGGGCCGCUCCCGGCACCAGCCCGGCGGGCUCUGCCUCCUGCUGCUGCUGCUCUGCCAGUUCAUGGAGGACCGCAGCGCCCAGGCUGGGAAUUGCUGGCUCCGCCAAGCCAAAAACGGCCGCUGCCAGGUCCUGUACAAGACCGAGCUGAGCAAGGAGGAAUGCUGCAGCACCGGCCGCCUGAGCACCUCGUGGACCGAGGAGGACGUCAAUGAUAACACGCUCUUCAAGUGGAUGAUUUUCAACGGGGGCGCCCCCAACUGCAUCCCCUGUCAAGAAACGUGUGAAAACGUAGACUGUGGCCCCGGGAGAAAAUGCCGGAUGAACAAGAAAAACAAACCCCGCUGUGUCUGCGCCCCUGACUGCUCCAACAUCACCUGGAAAGGCCCGGUCUGCGGACUGGACGGGAAAACCUACCGCAAUGAGUGUGCACUCCUCAAGGCCAGGUGCAAAGAGCAGCCGGAGCUGGAAGUCCAGUACCAGGGCAAGUGUAAAAAGACCUGCCGCGACGUUCUCUGUCCGGGCAGCUCCACCUGCGUGGUGGACCAGACCAACAACGCCUACUGUGUGACGUGUAACCGGAUCUGCCCCGAGCCCGCCUCCUCGGAGCAGCAUCUCUGUGGCAACGACGGCGUGACCUACUCCAGUGCCUGCCACCUGCGCAAGGCCACCUGCCUGCUGGGCAGAUCCAUUGGAUUAGCCUACGAGGGAAAGUGUGUCCCAAAGUCCUGUGAAGACAUCCAGUGCGGCGGCGGGAAAAAGUGUCUGUGGGACUUCAAGGUGGGCCGAGGCCGGUGCUCCCCGUGUGGUGAGCUGUGCCCCGAGGGCAAGUCCGAGGAGCCCGUCUGCGCCAGUGACAACGCCACCUAUGCCAGCGAGUGCGCCAUGAGGGAAGCGGCCUGCUCCUCCGGCGUGCUCCUGGAAGUGAAGCACUCCGGAUCCUGCAACUCCAUUUCGGAAGACACUGAGGAAGAGGAGGAAGAUGAAGACCAGGACUACAGCUUCCCUAUAUCUUCCAUUCUGGAGUGGUAAACCCUCCACCAGUGUUCAGUGUUGGCAUAGCCUUUGGGCAAAAAAAAAAAAAAAAAGAUAAAAAAAGGAAAGAAAAAAAUAUAUAUUGUCCAUACUGUAAAUAAGUGUAUGCUUAUUUAUUUGGGGGGAAAACUAUACGUAAAGGACCUUUGUCCUACAGCUCUCUCCCAGGCCACCUGUUGCCCGUUGGACAGGGAGAGGCAGCCCUGUGAGGUCCACUGGAUGAGGGGCAUAGUUGAGACAUGUAGACCUUUAUUUAUACUGUGUCGUGUUUUAUAAUUUAUACAUAAAAUGUCUGGUGGACUGUACACCUUGUUUUUGGAGAAAUUUAUUCGUGAAAGGAAGAGCAGUUGUUAUUUAUUGUGAGGUCUCUUGCUUGUAAAGUAAAAGCUUUUUUUUUUCCUUGUAAACCAUUUAAGUCCAUUCCUGACCGUCCACUCACACACCUGUCCCCUUCACUGUGCUGUUAGACCCUUCCCACCUGAACAGACUUGCAUGUCAGUUUGUUGUGUUUAUUUAUCGGGUUCUCUGCAGCCUGGUCUGCACACACACGACCCCUCGGGUUUUGUUUACAAGGAACCUUGGCCGGCCAAAAGGCAUCGCAGCUGACUCAGAAGGUACAGAGGGUGCAGCUCUGAGGGAACUCCUCCUUCGGUUCUCUAGUUGUGAUGGAGGCCUUUGGGAGACGGGGUGGCAGCAGUGUCGGGGUUCCAGCGAUGGACUUCUAAAGGUGACAGGUCCAAAGGGGUUGGGGGCCGUGUCGGCAGACUCAAGGAAGGGGUCCUGACACUCAGCCUUCUCUUAGGUGUUUCCUUUGGGCUGGUCUCCUGUACCUUUCCAAGUAGUUCCUUUUCAACCAAUGCGUCACUCAAAGUUUUAUCGGAGCUUUAUCAGUUCAAGUUUCUUGCUUUUCAUAAUACUUUCUUCUGAUGCAAUUUUAUAUUUUCAAACAUGGCAAGUUAAAUAUAAAUUCAUUUAAAUAUAUAGUUUUGUACUUUUCUACCAUGUAAAUGUGCAAUGUAUAUAAAAAUUAUAAUGUGUAUUUGUAAAUACAUGAUGAGUGAAAAAAUAAAA